AUGCCCGUGGACGAGAUCAUGGCAAGCCGCAAGACCCGAGUCUUUUCGCAGAUGGGCCAUGUGCACAACCGGAAGCUUUUGACCCCGGAGCGCCAGAUUCAUCCGGAACAAGGCAAGCGACUCAUGACUACGGCGAAGACAGCGGCCAUGAACAGCAAGGCUUCCGCCUUGCGUGUCACAGGCCUCCCGAGCCUGCAUCAUUACGAUGCUUUGCUGUCGAAGGCUGAGGAGAUCGAGAUGAACCGGCAGCAGCAGGAGGAGGCGGAGACCAUGGAGAUUGAACCUGCGCCGGCGGAGGAGGGCGAUGAUCUCUUCGCGAGGCUUGGGAACCCUGCGGGCGGUGAGGAACAGCAGGAGCACGGCAAGCGAAGGGAAGCUCCCACGCUGAACCUGAACCAGCUCAUGGAGUCCGACGUUCCGCCGAAAAAGAAGCCCAAGCAAGGAAGCAAGAAAGCUGUGUCACGGCAGAGCUCGCAGCAUGAGGAGGCCAAGACAGCCCAGAUUGCCAACCUAGCAGCGGAGGAGCAGCAACAGCUGCGGGAGACGGAUCCCCAGAUGCACCUGAUUGCUGAGUGCCUCCAGACAUGCCCGGACUGCCUCCCCAAGCUUCGCGUGUCAUCCGUGUUCGAAGGCAGUGCCAUCGGCAAUUCCAUCUGGAGUGCACGGGAGAGAAUUCUCCCGAAGCUUCAGGGCAAGAAGGAGUACGACAUCUUGUCCAGACGCCUGGCUGAAUGCGAGGCGGCAUCCAAGCUGACGAGCAAGGGCGGUCUCCUGAAGUUGCCGAAGUCAGAGUUGCAACAAGUCCUGGUUGUUCUCAACGACAUGGACAACUUCCAGCUGCCGCUGAGUCUGCGUCUUCAGCUGAUGGAGCGCAGAGGAUUCGACCUUCUCGAGGAGGUCGUCAAUUUGAGCGACGAGAGUAAAUGGAAGGCUCGGGCACGCGACUUUGCUACCACCCUCGUUCCUGCUGUGACCGAGAAUCUUGGGUUCGACCUUUUCUGCGUCACGUGUUCGGCAUUGAUGCACGAUGAGAAGGUCCGGCAGGACGCGUUGAAUUGGCUUGGCAGCAAGGCUGAGAGCGGCGAGGCACUUGUGUACAAGGACGGGUUUGGAGACUGA